AUGUCGGGGCAGACUGUAAGGGCAUUAUCCAACAUACCUGCUGGAUCAAGAUACACCGAGACGCUUGUAGUAAUGGGCGCCUAUAUUCGCAUCUUGACUAAGCUGCGAGAGGUUCACUGGAUAUCACGAUUACGACGGUUGGGAAGAAAAGUGAACAAGAAGUGCAAUGGCUGUAAACGAUUUCGGGCAGUAGCAGUUGGCAAUCCUUCACCUGAAAAUCUUCCGACAGAUCGAACAUUUGGAUUCUCUGCAUUCCAGAUGAUCGGUGUUGAUUACGCGUGGCUUAUUCCCUACAGUACGACGAAGAAUCGAGAACGGAAAUCAUACAUCCUUCUUUUUGAAAUGUUUUAUUUAACAAUGUAA